AUGCAGCUAUAUACAACUAUUAUUGAACAUAUCUUCCCUAUUUUUGUCAUUGAAUUCUUAUUACUUGUUAAAUGUAAUGUUCCCUAUUAUAAUCAGCCACCUGUGAAGCUGGUUGUUCCUAACAUUCAUCCUUCGUAUCGACAAAAUGAUCCUACAUCUCAAGUUCUAUCCUACGGUCCGUCGAAUCCAGUGAAUCCGACUGGUCAGUCAUCACAAGGUCAAGACCCAGGUAUUCCCCCCGGUCUUUCACUUGGUGAUCCUGGAUUUGUCCCACCUACAGACAGAAGUCGUUUACACGAUAAAAAUUAUGUCCCAGCAGCACAUGGUAUGAUGAAUAUCACAGAGGCUAUAAAACAGCCAAGUAAAGAUUCCACACUGCAAGAAGAGAUACGAUCGAAAUCUUCAAUGAGAGAUCGUAUAGUCAAUUUAAUCAUGUCUAAAUAUCGUAGUUAUGAACGUCCACCAGACGGUGGGAAUGCUACAAUAGUUACUGUAAACAUGAAGGUGUUAGCCAUCUUUUCAAUCGAUGUACGUACAAUGGAUUAUUACAUUGACUUGUUAUUAAGACAAGUAUGGCGUGAUCGUCGACUUUCAUGGCAUGAAAUACCUGAGUUUCGUGAUUUCAAUGAACCGUUAGUAUCGCCUAAAUUAAAAGAGCAAUUAUGGUUACCUGAUUUAUUCUUUAGAAAUGUCAAAGAUAACAAUGAGAUUUUCAUGUCAAAUGCAUCUACAAACAUUUCCUAUGACAGUCAACGUUGUCAUAUCAAUAUUGGUAGUUAUGGUUAUACAUUGAAUGAAUUGAAAUUUGUUUGGAAUGAUGAAAAGCCGGUGGAGUUAGCGGAUAAACUUCAAUUGUCUGAAUUUGAAACACCUGAAAAAUUCGAUGCACAUGAUUGUUCUUCUGGUUAUUCAACAUCAACAGGUCAGUAUACAUGUUUGAAUGCAACAUUUGAAUUACAACGACAACUUGGUAGUUAUUUAGCUACGACAUACGUACCAAAUGUAUUGAUUAUUAUGGUGUCAUGGUUAAGUUUUUGGGUUAAUGUUGACUCAGCUCCAGCUCGCGUUCCCUUAGGCUUACUUAGCCUACUAGGUAUACUUACUCAAGCGAUUAGUGUUUCAUCUACACUGCCACGUGUAUCAUAUAUCAAAGCAAUUGACAUAUGGAUGAUAUUCUCCAUUAUAUUUGUUAUUGGUGUACUGGUGGAAUAUGCUGUUGCAUUGACUCUUUUACGACGUAAACAAUCAGAGACAUGGCAUGAAGAUGUUAAAGAUAUUGUCAGAGAAGAAUUAGCUCGUUGGUGUGCUAUCUGUCAACAGCAACAAUUGGUACAAUUACAAAAUUCUCAAGGUUUGACAAGAGUCAAAUGGAAUUUCGUGAAGAAUUAG